GAAAAUAAUAUCUAUGUUAUAUCCACAUAUGUUUUCAAAUAGAUCUCCAAAUUGUCAGUUGUAUACAGGGCACGUUUCUAACAGAAAUGAAUGCAGCUCCAGGAAAGCUUGUCGACCAACCAUUGGCUGAUGUACGCCGGCAGCUACGUCGAAAAAGGAUAUUAGAUGGGGCUAAAACUCGUCUUGAAAAAUUGAACGGCAAAACUGAUGGUAACGCUCCUGAAAUAGUCCGGUAUUCGGAUCCAGAAGUUGAACCAAAUGUGCCAGGCGGAAAAUACUCACUUAAUGAAUUUUUUGAUGCAACACCGAAGAAAAAGUUGCCUUUACAAUUUUGUUUUACAAAUAUUAUUUUUGAAAACAGGAUGCAUAUAUUUCUUUCUUCGGGAAUUGCGUUUGCAUUAUCACUAUAUAUAAAAACAAAUAAUCUGCUAUAUGUUGGGAUAAUAAUGCUUGAGUUAACUUUAUUGCGUCCGCAAUGCCGUAACAAAAUUUUUGUUAAUCAGGUAUUGCCCGUACUUCCUAUAUUUAUCGACACAAAAUUGAGUCAAAGAAUUACUAAAUUUAUCUCACUAUUGUGGAUGAUGAAAUUUCUGUUAAACGACUUCGCAAUAAGCAUCUUUGUUAUAUGUGUCGGCAGUUGUAUAUUACCUAAAGUUAGUGAUACAUAUAUUAUUACUGUGAAAUAAAAUAUUGAUGCGUUUCCUGUUUUUUUUUUUUUUUGUGUACAGCUCGGCAAAGAGCUUCCGGAAGACUUUGAACCAGCGUCUAGCCUUUAAACUAUUAAAAUAUCAAAAAAGUGUAAA